AUGUGGCCUGUAGUCGCUAUCGAUGCCACACAUCUGAAAGGCAAAUUCAAAGGUAUUCUGUUUGUGGCGAUAUGCAAAGAUGCGAAUGAGCAGAUAUAUCCAUUAGCGAUUGGCAUUGGCCACGUCGAAGACGAAGAGUCUUGGUCGUGGUUUCUUAACCAACUGCGUCGUGCGAUUGGUUGUCCUGAAAAUGCAAUGUUCAUUUUUUAUAAGCAUCUUGGUAUUAAGAAUGUAGUUGAGAAAGUGUACAAGGACGCUCAUCACGAUCUAUGCAAUUACCAUUUAGGGAAAAACUUUAAAAAUAGGUUCAAGCGCGAAGAUGUUGCAACGAUUUUCACCAUGGUCGCUAACUGCUAUAGGGUCACCGAUUUUGACAGACAUAUGAAUCAGCUGAAACAGCUUUGCAAACCUGCUUAUGACAUCCUUAUCAGAUUAGGCCCUGAGAGAUGGGCACUUGCACCGUCACCAGUAAGGCGAUACAAGCUAAUGACAUCCAACACUACGGAGUGUAUUAACUCCUGCCUGAGACUGCUCAAUGAAGCAAGUCACUUUUUCGUACAAGCAAUUGAUCGGGUGGAGUUUCAAGUUAUAGGUGGGAGUAAGGACAGAGUCAUGAACCUCUCCACCAAAGAGUGUUCAUGCGGUGAGUUCCAGUUUAAUCUACUCCUCUGCACGCAUGCCAUGGCGGCAAUAAGUAAGUGCAAACGUGUAGCCAUUGAAUUUUGCUCGGACUAUUACAAGACUCGAUCUUGGGCUGAGGGAUAUGCGGUUCCCAUUCGCCCGAUUGGGCAUCCCAGUGAGUGGGACAUCCCCUAUGACAUGUAA